AUGCCAAUCUGGAGCUUUCGGAUACUCGCCACUCUAAGUUUGCUCCCGCUCAUCCGCGCUUACGACCCUUUCGAUUAUCGGGAGGAGUAUAAUCUGGCCAAUUUGGAGCCCGAACCGGAAGUCUUCAUUACCUUAUCUGCUCGAGUCUUGAAAGGCGGAAGAAAUGGUCUCGCAGAACGACGAGUUCAAUUGAACUGGUUCAACAUAGACGUGGGACCAGACUCCACGCAAAACCACACACUGUAUUUACUGCGAAGACCUGCGGGGCUGUUUCGGAUCGACGAAGACGCUGUUUACAAGAAGGAUCUCGGAUUUAAUUCCGACGGCCAAGUCACCACCCAUCUCAUUUUCCCGAGGGUGAUCUUCAAUAAAAGCCAUAUGCACGAUGAAUGCAUGGAGUACUGGGUUGCGUUAGUUCGCGUCGAGUACCUCACGAACGGAGUGCGCCAGCGAACGAUGGUUGCACAAAAUUGCUUCAAGGCGCAACCUUUCUGGAUGUGGAAGAAUAAACACUCGCUCAAGCAUCUCACGCUACGACAGAUGAUGAUUCCGGGUACACACAACUCUGGAAUGUACUCGUUCUACAACCCGAGAGCGCUCCGUGUCAUGGCAGAUUUCAAAUACACUCAAGAGGAAGAUAUUUUCAACCAGCUCGCCUACGGAAUCCGUUGCCUGGACCUGCGAAUAUCGGCUUCGGGGCCUGUUGACAACCCGAAGUACAGAAUAGCGCACGACGUGCUUUCAGGUGACGCCAGCGUAGUCGAAGUACUGCAGCAAGUCAAAGAUUUCAUCAGGGCAACGAAUGAAAUCGUCAUUCUGGAUUUCCACCGGUUCCCGAAUGGAUUCGAUAACGAACAUUCGCAUCAACGUUUCCUGGAGUUCCUUCGAGUAGAGCUCGGCGAAACGGUCGUGCCGUACAACUCGGCGUUGGAUCGACCCCUAUCACACAUCUGGCAGAUGGACGACGGCAAGGGACGCAUCGUGAUCUGUUACAACGCCAGGCUGUUCUCGGUAAACCAAUCCCUGCACUUGGGAGUGCGCCACUUGUGGGCAGACACCAAUAACCAAAAAAGCCUCAAAACGUAUUUCGACAAGAAGGUCUGUGAGGCCGAGAAAUACGGUCUCUACUAUUUCCAUGCUGCCAUGGCUGAGCUGACGCCGAACGUGGUCAACAUCAUUUUCGAAGGCCAUAAAGGAGGCCUGCGAAAAAUGGCCGAUGAGACUAAUCCCCUUGUGGCGAGGUGGUUCCGUAGGGAGUUCCGAACCUGUGCAAAUAUCGUCGCGACGGAUUUCUUCCUCGGAGCCGAUAUCGUAAGCGUAGCUAUUAGCAGCAACAUCGAACGGUCGAAACUGUAUCGAACGAACUAG